CUUUAUUUUGUAGGGGAGAGUAGUCCCAGGCAGGGAACUAAGGCAUGGGCGCAGGUUUUCUAAAUGGGGAACGGUAGAAGAGGAUACCUGUAAUGUAUAUACCUCUCGGCUAGCAGCAGGUGGGAAGAAUGGACUGUCGGGGGUCUUUACAGUCAUUUUGCAGAUUUAAGACUCACUUGGGUGGGUUUCACCAAGUGGGGGAGUUGGGGUCUCAGUGUGUGGCAUGUUUGCUAGGCUCAGCAGAUACAAAAUCCCUGGUGUGGGGUCUCAGGUCUGUGUGUUGGGUCUCAUUUCUUGGUGGGUGGGAGUCUCGGGAAGUACGAACUGACAGAUGUGAAAGAGACUAGUGAGUGAUAAAUAUAGUGUCCUUCUUCAUAUUACAUCUGGGGAGCAAGGGACACCGAGAAAGAGGGGGGAACAGAGAAAAUCGGACAGUGACAGAGUGGCUGGCUAUAGACCGUAGGGAAAGAUUGAGAUUAGAGUGCUGAGAGAGACCGGUUUCACACAAGACAGUUUGUAUAGUGAGAGUGACUGCAUCAUAAACUUCAGAAAGUGACUCCUAUCUAGAGACACUGGCUUUCUGAGAGAGUGCAAAGAUAAAGGUACUUACCCUCAGAAGUAGGGGCAAAGAGUGACAUCCUGUACUGUGAGAUAGACUGCAAGGAAUGUAAUUCACUUGUCAUAGAGACAGGUUCCUAGGAGGACACAGUGUUGACAGAGUAAGGUUGAGCAGACAGGAAGAAUGCUGAUAUUGCUGUAGGUCUCUGGAAAACAAGUCAAUAAGAAAACUUGUACAGUAAAAGUGUGGAAGAGAAAAGCAGCUUUAAGAAACUUUAAGACCGUCCUUUGCAGACGUAGCCCUUGUGUGUGUGUGCGUGUAUUUGAGGGGGACCUUGAUCCAUUUGAAGGAGUUAGAGCGAAUCUGAUUUUCUACAAGAACCCAAAGAUAUUACUUCUGCAGCCAUGGAUAUGAACUCUGUGCUCACGGAAUUGCGCCAGCCUGCCAAAGCGUCAACAGAGCAAGGCAGCAAGCGUUCAACCCCAAAACCUGCUAAAAAAGCUAAACGUGCUACUGUUUAUUUUGAGGUGGAGAUCCUGGAUGCCAAGACUCGGGAGAAGCUGUGUUUCCUGGACAAGGUGGACCCUAAUGCAACCAUUACAGACAUUAAGAAUAUGUUCACAAAAUUCCACCCCCAGUGGUACCCUGCCAGACAGUCCCUGCGUCUCGAUCCCAAGGGUCGAUCAUUGAAGGAUGAGGAUGUUCUACAAAAUCUGCCCGUGGGGACAACCGCAACUCUCUACUUUCGAGACCUGGGUGCACAGAUCAGCUGGGUGACUGUAUUCCUGACGGAAUAUGCAGGACCACUUAUUAUAUACUUACUCUUCUAUUUCCGCGUCCCUUUUAUUUAUGGACCCAAAUAUGACUUCAUCACAAGCCGGCAUUCUGUAGUACACCUGGCCUGUAUAUGUCACUCGUUUCACUACGUUAAACGUAUCCUGGAAACCCUAUUUGUUCAUCGCUUCUCUCAUGGUACAAUGCCGCUAAGGAACAUAUUUAAGAACUGCAUGUAUUACUGGGGAUUUGCUGCUUGGAUGGCUUACUACAUUAACCAUCCUCUCUAUACUCCUCCAGUGUUUGGCGAGAAGCAAGUGAGGAUGGCUGUCAUUAUUUUCUUGUUUUGUCAGCUGGGUAACUUUUCUAUACACAUCGCGCUAAGAAACCUGCGACCAGCAGGAUCUAAAACACGCAAGAUUCCUUUCCCAACGCGUAACCCGUUUACCUGGCUGUUCCUGCUUGUUUCUUGUCCUAACUACACAUAUGAGGUUGGCUCUUGGAUUGGAUUUUCUAUCAUGACCCAGUGUGUUCCUGUUGCUCUAUUCACCUUGGUUGGAUUCAUCCAAAUGACAAUUUGGGCCAAAGGAAAACAUCGCAGCUACUUAAAGGAGUUCCGAGACUACCCUCCCCUGCGUUCACCCAUCGUCCCAUUCCUACUGUAAUCUAUAAUCUUCCCGUUAGUUCUCUUAUAAAUCCCCCUUGCUCUUUGAACUGCCUGUUCAUUUAAAUUUUAAUUGUCAACAAAAACAUUUGGACUCUAACCUUGUAUGCACUGACACUAAACUCCUGCACUGACCUAUUACCAAGUUUCCCCUGCCCUGUCCUCUUUUCGUCCAUAAAUGGAAUAAAUUUGUCCUAACA